ACGGACGUCUCUCCUCCAGAAUUGUUCGCUUCCCACAGUUGUGACUUCGAUUCGGUUUCGACCAGUAGUACCUCUUUAACCAACAAAAAAAAAUACAAAAAAAAAGAAAUAACAGAAACAAGUUUCGUGGGGAGUUGUUCCCCAACUUCUAGGAGUGGAAAUUUCUUUGCCAUUCAGUUCUAUUGUGUAUGUGUUGCUCGGAAGAAAUCACAUAAUCCGUGGCAUUGUGUCGCGGUCAUAUACAAAAAUGGAGCGUCUAAUGCAUAUGUGAAAUGAUCAACCGAAGGGCCAUUUAUCAGCAUCCCCGAAGUGUGCUGCACAAAGUGUAAAAAUAAACAAGCAAAUCGGCAACUAACAAGCAAACAACAGCAAUAACAAUUUGUCAAGCGCACAGCCACUCCGUAAUACAUAUACACACCAAAAAAACCUAAACAGGUGAAAACCCAAAAACACGUAGCGCAAAAAACGCUCGCGAUUUAAAACGCCCCAGAGCAGCGAACAAAAGGAUUAUCGCGAUGGCAAAGGCCACGGAACUGAAGCUGGCUACGGUGGAGCCCGCGAAAUGAAUUUAUGCCUGGUGCAGUUUUCCAUCGAUUUUCGUCUUGCGCCACAACGGACUGGGGAUGAAACACCAAACACAUAAAACGGAUUUGAUAUUAAAAAAAUAUGCAGAAACAAGAAAAAAGGCGCGAGCUGCGCCUGAAGCGAUUCUGGCGCUCCCCCAAGACGACAUCCUCGGAGGACUCCACCGGCUAUGAGAGUCCAACAAGGACGAAGGCGUCCAGUGCCGGCGGCAGCAGCGAUGCCCAGAGGUUUAACCACCUGCACUACACCAGCCUGUCGCAGGGAUCGGGCACCUCGUCGUCGGCGGGCGGAGCCACUGCGUCCGGAGCGGGCUCAAUGGCGAUUGGGCCGACCGGCAACAACAAGCCCUCCUGCUCGCUGCCACUUUUGCAGGUGUGGCCCAGCCAGCCGCUCUUGCGCCAGGAGGGCUUCGUUCAGUUGCGUCGUAACAGCGGCCCCGAGGGUCAGCGGGAUUCGCCGCGCGGGGAGGCGGAUGGGCAGUCGUUCGUGUUCCCGGCCAUUGUGGAGACGAGUGUCAGCAGUCCGGUGGCCAUCGAGGUGGCCAGUGGCAGUGGCAGCAUCGGCAGCACCAACCUCAGUCUGAAUGCCAGGCGGAGCACGAACCACCUCAGUUUGUCCACGGAUCGGCGGAGUUCCCUGUACUGUGAUACCCUGCACGCCGGCGACUCUGGCAUCGACUCGGUGCAGGCCUCGCCCUCGCCGAACGCCUUCAUUGCGCCGCCGGGGGUGCACAACUUGCCGCUGGGCCAGACGGGCGGCGGAUCCUGCCACGUGUCGCCGACGAGCACGCCUACCCAGGGAUCGCCGAAUUUGUCGCUGGGCAGGAGGGGCAUGCGGAACAGCAUAUGCGUGGUGCCCAGUGGCAAUGGGCGGCGGAAGUCGAGUGCCCUGCUGCAUCCGGAUCAUGCCCGACUCUUUGCCCUGCGUAUGAAACAUGCGGCUGCCCUGGAGCGGGCACAGACCUCGCCGGACCAGACCUCCAUCGAGGAUGCCAACGAGUUCCACGACAACGGACUGGCCACCAAUCUGCGUCUGUGCUCGGCCUCCUCAUCGACGACGUCGUCGCUGACAUCCGUGGCCGCGGUCAGCCUGGGCGGUGCCGGUGGAUUGGGUAGUGGCCACUCGGGGGCAGGUGGGGCCACCACCACCGGCGGCUCGUCCUCCGGCUCCGCCUACGCUGUGGGCGUGGCGGGCGUCCAGCAACGCGUCUCCGAUCCCUGGCUGCAGCCGCAAUCCGAUCGGGAGCGGGAUAGGGAUAGGGAUAGAGACCGGGAUAGAGAUAGGGAUAGGGACUCCAGGCACGACGGACGGCGCAGGUCCUCCACCAUGACGGCUCGCUACUCCCUGUUCGAUGCCCUGGACCUGGAGUACGUGCUCUUGAGGGCCGCUGCCCGGGGUUCCGUGGGUCCGUACAGCCUCAGCGAGUCGAUACACAAGCUCACCUUCACCCAGUCGUUGGCAUUUCCGGCUCUGGCCAGGGGCCUGGCCACCAAGCGGAGGCGAUCGGCGACGCACACGAGCUCCCGGCCACUGAAUCCCCAUGAGUCGGGGCUGAACACCUGCGCCAAGGUGGUCACCGCCGUCGUCCUGGUGGCCCUGUCCUUUAUGGUGUUCCUCAUCGUCUACAAGUUCGUGCGGACGUGAGGUCUGCUCCUGGCCCCGUCGCCAGAGCUCCCAGUCACAUAUCAGGCCAACUACGGAGCGGAGGAGGGGUCGUCCUUGUCGUCCUCCAUCAUCUCAUCGGCGGGCCGCAGUCUGGGCAAGCACAUGUCGGGGUUCAGGAGCAAAUUGGGCCAGCGUCAGGCCGGCGACUUCGAGUGAUCCUUAAAGAAAGCGUUGAAACAGGCAUUGAGAAAACUGGUCGGCAACAACUGCACUACCUUAAAUGGUCUUGAUAUAAUUUUUUUCAUUCAAACAAAACACUUUAUAAGAAAAUUGGCAUUUUUAAGCCCAUUGUCCAUCGUUUAAUUUACCAAAAAUAAAAUGUUUCAAGAAAUUGUUAAUAAAAUUAUUCAAGAAAUUAAUUAGCUGGGAAUGUGAAUUAUAUUUAAAGUAAAAUAUAAACCUAGAUUUGUUUUUCUAAUUUGAGUUACAAAAUAAUACACUAUUGAUUCCAAAAUGUUACUUAUUAUCCAAAACUAUAUCCAUUAUUUUCUUUUCUUUUUAUCGGUAGUCAAAUAUAGAUAUUUUUAGAUAGCCCAUAAAUUAACAGUAAGAUAGAAGUUUUUCAUAAAAUUAUUUUUAAAAACAGCAAGACUUCAAAUUUCCGAAGUUACAAAAGUGUUAAUCACUUGAAAACAUACCCAUCAAAAUAAUAAAAGUAUUGCAAACAGUUGCUGACCAGUGAAAUUUUGUGAUAAACUAUCAAUGAAAAAAAUUUUCCACAAAAGAAAAAAAACAAAGACACAGACACACAAGUGAGUGUAACAAAAAUGUAAGUUAAUGGAAUAACAAAUUAAAGGCUUAAACAUUUAGGAAAAACAGCUUCAAGAGGCUUGCCAGAGUUUCAUCAAAUUUAUAAAAUACUUAUGAAUAAUAAUAUUUUUUUAUAAAUAUUAAAAAUCGCUGCUCGCAUUUCCUAGGCUCCUAUUUGGCAAAGAUUUAAGGACAAAAACCCAGAAUCCAGUUUCAUUGUUUGCGGUUGAAGUGCCUAACUAAUUUUAAAAUGAUUACAAAUUGUAUUAAUAACCUGCUUACUUAUGUUUUUAUCAUAAAAACAAAUUUAGAAAUUGGCAGCAGCCUUGAAAAUAAAACUAUUUAUGCGCUGCAGUAGUCCAGAUAAAUUAUCCUGUAGUUAAACAUUUUUGAAGGGCAUAUACUAUAUAUUGGUGUUGGGAAUAUGGAAAAUAUGUGAUGAUGGACACUACAUUUUGCAACUUCAAUUAAAUUUAAAAAUACACUUUAUUUUAAGAGAAAUUUUUAUUUUUAUCACAUGAAUUAAUGAAAUUAUGUCAUAGUAUUUUGCAAUUAUAUUUUUUUUUGUUCCUUUAGUUUUACAAUUAAGAGUUUAUUUCUUGUCUAAAAUUAUCGGUGCAUGGGAGCUUCUAUGUCAAUUAAAUAUAUCCAACCAAUUUGAUAUCUUAUUAUCGUUAUUAACCAAAGCUUAAUCCCAUCUGAUUAUUGAUUAACAAUCCUCUCAAGCCCCAGAACACCAUUUUAGCGUUGAAUAAUUGGCAUUAGUUUUAGUGAUCAGAAAUAUUGGCAGACGAUUAUAGAACCGACAAACAAGGCAAAUUUGUACUGAUUUGUUAGACGACUAGAUGUCGGCGGAAUGAUAAGAUAUAUACGGAAAUCCAGGCAUAUUAAAUUAACAUAUUUAUGGUAGAUAUAUAUAGUUAUACAAGCAAAUAGAUAUAUAUAUAUAUGUAUACAUGCAUUAUAUAUGUGUAUAUGGGUGUUUAUAAAUGUAUACCUAAGCGGCUUAAAUGUGACAAAGCACUUGCUGAAAUACCAAUACAAACUCUCUACUCUUAACUUGCUGCCUUACUUUCCUCUAGUGAAAAUAGUUGAGAACAACAAGAAAACAACAAGAUCGAUGAACAAAGACCCGACUUACAAAUACAAAUUCUUCAUAAAUUGCUGCCUUACGAACUAAAAACCUUUUGAAAGUAACCUCUUUAUCUCUCAGAGCUUUUUUCCUAUUUCCUCUAUGAGCUUGGCCUACCAAUAAACCUAAAAAUAUGCAAAAGAAAACAAAAAAACAGAAACAUUUUAUAUAGAGUAAAAAAAUAUAUACCAAAUGUAAUGUUAAAUAAUUGAUAUUAAUAUUAAAGCCGGCUAAAGUAAAAACAUUUGGUUGCAUAAAUAUAAGUUAUUCCUUCCUCUCUUUUUGCAUAAAUAAUUUCAACAUUUGUCGAUGGCGUUCAUAAAUAUUUAUGCAUAGUUUUACGACCUUCUCUUUUUUUGUUACGAUUGGUGUGCAACCAACUAUGGUUAAAUAAAAAAAAUGCAUAUUAAAUGUCACACAAACCGAAAUGAGAAGAAAAUGAAAAUGAAAAUGAAAAACCAACUGUAAUCGUAACUGAAGUAAGUUGAAACGUGCAACAAUAAAAAGGAAGAAAUUUUCAAAUGAACCAU